AUGCCGACUGUAGCAGUAAUCGGAACUUGUGACACCAAAUUCGACGAACUGCAGUUCCUGCGCGAUCGAGUACUGGAGAAUGGAGACAUCAAGACCAUUCUGAUUGACGUGGGCUGGCGAGCGACGGAAAAUAGUGACAUCACGAUAUCGCAGCCGACACUCAUCCAUGAAUAUGGCGACGGGAAAGAUGUCUCGUCGCUCUCUCGAGGACAAUUCAUCGAAUUCAUUUCUACUUGCGCAGCUAAAGCUGUCAAAAAACUCUAUGAGAGUCAUUCUAUUGAUGGAAUCGUUUCAGCCGGUGGUUCAGGAGGUACCUCGCUGGUCUCAUCGAUCAUGAGAGAUGUGCUGCCCAUCGGCUUUCCAAAGUUGAUUGUCUCAACCAUCGCUAGCGGCAAUACGGAGCCAAUCGUUGGCGAAACAGACAUUGCACUCAUGUACUCGGUUGUUGACGUCGCAGGGUUGAACGACGUCUUGAAAGGAAUUUUAAGCAAUGCCGGCGCAGCCAUCGGCGCAGCAGCUGCAUCGUGGUCCAAAAGAAGACUUGCAGCGCCGAAUGAAGACUCGAAAUCGUCUGGCAAAAAGCGUGUCGGCAUAACCAUGUUUGGCGUUACAACUCCCGGUGUAGAUGCUAUCCGCUCACAUCUCGAAAGCAAUUACCCGAUUGAGACUUAUAUCUUUCAUGCCACUGGUCGUGGUGGCAAAGCCAUGGAACGAUUGUGUCGAGAAGGACUGCUGGAUGCCGUGAUUGACCUCACGACAACCGAGAUUGCAGACUACAUUGCCGUUGGUGUGAUGCCGGCUGCCGAGGAUCGCCUCGACGCUGCCAUUGAAAAAGGCAUCCCAAAUAUCGUUUCUCUUGGCGCGACAGACAUGAUCAAUUUUGGGGCACGAGACACGGUUCCGGACUCGUUUAAAGAGCGCACCAUUGUCGAGCACAACUCGCUCGUGACGAUUGUGCGUACAUCGCCGAAAGAGUGUGCAGAAAUUGGUAGAUUUAUCGCCGACAAGUUGCGAAGAACAAACGUCCCAGAGAAAACGCAAGUCUGGAUUCCCAAAGGCGGCGUGAGUAUGCUGGCCGUCCAAGGGCAGCCCUUUGCCGAUGCAGAAGCUGAUGCCGCACUGUUCAACGCGGUCCGGGAAGGACUAAAGGACACAGAUAUAGAGAUUAUGGAAGAUGAGAGGGACAUUAAUGAUGCAGACCUGGCCAAGGAAAUCGCUGUUUCCCUGGCGAGAAAGUUGGGUCUCGAGCGGACAAGGUAG